AUGACGCAGAUCGCCUCUUGCGCGAACCACAGCCCGGGGCACAGGCGGGGGCCCGUCAAUCCCCAGCUGAUGAACCUCACGCUCCCGAUUCCCGGGUCUGCGCGCAAGAAGCGGUCCGCUCGGAGGAUAGCGGCGCCAGGUCCAUGGCUCCAGGGUUGGCGGUGGGCCCGGAAGGACGACAAUGUCACGACCUGGCCGGGGAGGUGGACUUUCGGGUCCGAGCGGAGAGGAAUCGGGCUUAACGCGCAUAUGAGAUGUGUGUGCGGGGCCGGUCACAGGGCCGCAGAGGCGGUUGAACUCGAGCAUGUUGCUGCGGAGGGUGGACCAGGGGGUGUCGAGGCCCGGAUUGGGGCCCAAGACAUGGAGGUUAGAGACGGUUGCGGUUGUGAGGGAUCCGGCGAUGUUUUGGGAGAGGGAAAGACAGCUGAUGAUGUCUAG